UUCCCUACACUUGGUAAGUGGUGCCACAUAGCGAACCGUGGUGAAGUGUUCCUUUAGUGCACACGUUUAAAUGUCAGUGUGAACACUAAACAAUCAGCAAACUUAGCUAUAACUGUAGGGAGAUUCGGGACGUUAUUUCAAGCAGUUAUUCUGACGUUUCCCGUCCUUCGGAGGAUGUACACUGAACAGAAGAUCAUGAAGGUGUUCAUAACAAGACGCAUCCCACAGGAGGGUUUGAAGAUUUUGUCACAGGCUGGAGUAUGUAAGAUUUUACUGUGGGACUCGGAUGAGCCUGUUUCAAGGGCGGAGCUUCUGAAGGGCGUGGCGGGGGCCCAUGGGCUGCUGUGUCUCCUGUCGGACAAGAUCGACACUGAAGUUCUGGACGCAGCAGGUCCAAACCUGAAGGUGAUAAGUACCUUAUCUGUUGGAUUUGACCACAUGGCCAUGGAUGAGAUCAAGAAACGAGGGGUGCGUGUGGGCUAUACUCCAGGCGUCUCGACUGAUGCCACGGCGGAGCUGACCGUCGCCCUGCUCCUGGCUACAGCUCGGCGGCUACCAGAGGGCAUGGUGGAGGUUAUAAAUGGAGGCUGGAGCACCUGGAAACCUCUGUGGUUGUGUGGUUAUGGUCUGUCAGGCAGCACUGUUGGGGUUAUUGGACUGGGACGCAUAGGUAUGGCCAUAGCCAGGAGGCUGAAACCGUUUGGAGUGAAGAAGCUCCUGUACUCUGGAAGAACAGACAAAUCAUAUGCUGCUGAAGUGGAAGGAGAAUACGUGCCCUUGGACACGCUGGUGUCUGAGAGUGAUUUUGUUGUGGUGUCCUGCGCCCUCACACCAGAUACCCAGGGGCUGUGUAACAAGGAUUUCUUCUGCAAGAUGAAGAACACUGCUGUCUUCAUCAACACCAGCAGGGGUGCAGUAGUGAAUCAGGAGGAUCUGUAUCAGGCUCUGUCCAGUGGUCAGAUAGCUUGCGCUGGGCUGGAUGUCACAACCCCAGAACCACUCCCCACCGACCACCCCCUCCUCACCCUCAAAAACUGUGUGGUCUUACCCCACAUUGGCAGUGCCAUCUACUCCACACGUGGCAUCAUGGCAGAGCUGUCCGCCAACAACCUGCUGGCAGGCCUACAGGGCACAGACAUGCCCAGCGAACUCAAAUUCUAGUGCUGCUCUACGACUAUACAACUCUGCCUCUGUCCCCUCCUUAGAAUAAUUCUGGUCACCCAAUCAGUAGUCAUUACCAGGAAGGUUCGAGCCGUAAGUGACCAGGAAAUACAUCUGUGAUGGAGUAUUGCAGUUGUAUUAACAUGCUCUCCAAACAUGAAGGUCAACCUUUGCCUCUCGCGCUUAGAUCUUACAAUGUUUAAAGAAAUAACACAUUUGUGGUAUUUGACUUGAAUUUUGAAGGAGGAAGUGUAUAGUAUUGACGUUUUGAGAACAUGCCUUGGCACUCUCUGACAGCGCUCCUAAGGGUCAGCCAUGGCUUCCUUUGAAAGACGUAGAUAAGCACCACAAUGAGUGCACACACUACUAAUUCAUUACAGUGGCCUUCUCGUGCUUAUGAAACACUUUAAUGUACAAAAUACUUUAUCUAAAAUAGUAAAUUAGUAGUUGUGAUGGUAAUGUUCUGUUGUUCUCAUUCCAGUUGAGAUGUGUGUUUAACAUAUUGAGAUGGAUCUCAGUUGUCUAGUUGUGGAUAAGAUACAGUGCCUUGCGAAAGUAUUCGGCCCCCUUGAACUUUGCGAACUUUUGCCACAUUUCAGGCUUCAAACAUAAAUAUAUAAAACUGUAUUUUUUUGUGAAGAAUCAACAACAAGUGGGACACAAUCAUGAAGUGGAACGACAUUUAUUGGAUAUUUCAAACUUUUUUAACAAAUCAAAAACUGAAAAAUUGGGCGUGCAAAAUUAUUCAAUACUUUGUUAUAUACCCUUUGUUGGCAAUGACAAAGGUCAAACGUUUUCUGUAAAUCUUAACAAGGUUUUCACACACUGUUGCUGGUAUUUUGUCCCAUUCCUCCAUGUAGAUCUCCUCUAGAGCAGUGAUGUUUUGGGGCUGUUGCUGUGCAACACGGAAUUUCAACUCCCUCCAAAGAUUUUCUAUGGGGUUGAGAUCUGGAGACUGGCUAGGCUACUCCAGGACCUUGAAAUGCUUCUUACAAAGCCACUCCUUCGUUGCCUGGGCGGUGUGUUUGGGAUCAUUGUCAUGCUGAAAGACCCAGCCACGUUUCAUCUUCAAUGCCCUUGCUGAUGGAAAAAUCUCACGAUACAUGGCCCCAUUCAUUCUUUCCUUUACACGGAUCAGUCAUCCUGGUCCCUUUGCAGAAAAACAGCCCCAGAGCAUGAUGUUUAUGGUGUUCUUUGGAUGCAACUCAGCAUUCUUUGUCCUCCAAACACGACGAGUUGAGUUUUUACCAAAAAGUUAUAUUUUGGUUUCAUCUGACCAUAUGACAUUCUCCCAAUCUUAUUCUGGAUCAUCCAAAUGCUCUCUAGCAAACUUCAGACGGGCCUGGACAUGUACUGGCUUAAUCAGGGAGACACGUCUGGCACUGCAGGAUUUGAGUCCCUGGCGGCGUAGUGUGUUACUGAUGGUAGGCUUUGUUACUUUGGUCCCAGCUCUCUGCAGGUCAUUCACUAGGUCCCCCCGUGUGGUUCUGGGAUUUUUGCUCACUGUUCUUGUGAUAAUUUUGACCCCACGGGGUGAGAUCUUGCGUGUAGCCCCAGAUCGAGGGAGAUUAUCAGUGGUCUUGAAUGUCUUCCAUUUCCUAAUAAUUGCUCCCACAGUUGAUUUCUUCAAACCAAGCUGCUUACCUAUUGCAGAUUCAGUCUUCCCAGCCUGGUGCAGGUCUACCAUUUUGUUUCUGGUGUCCUUUGACAGCUCUUUGGUCUUGGCCAUAGUGGAGUUUGGAGUGUGACUGUUUGAGGUUGUGGAAAGGUGUCUUUAAUACUGAUAACAAGUUCAAACGGGUGCCAUUAAUACAGGUAAUGAGUGGAGGACAGAAGAGCCUCUUAAAGAAGUUGUUACAGGUCUGUGAGAGCCAGAAAUCUUGCUUGUUUGUAGGUGAACAAAUACUUAUUUUCCACCAUAAUUUGCAAAUAAAUUCAUUAAAAAUCCUACAAUGUGG